AUGGCCAAGAGCUGCAGCCUCCCAGGCGAUGAGCUGUCACCAUUUCACAGCAUCUUGAUUUUCACAGUUAUGGGCACUGAAUGCAUCGUUGGUAUUGUUGCGAAUGAGUUCGUUGUGGUUAUAAACGCAGAUGAAUGGAUUCAGAAUAAGGCCGUUUCCACAAGUAGCAGGACCCUGUUUUUCCUCAGCGUAUCCAGAAUAGGUCUCCAAGGCUUGAUGAUGCUAGAAAUGACCUUCCAAUCAACCUCCCCCCAUUUUUAUUAUGAAGAUGGUGUAUAUGAUACAUUCAAAGUAAGUUCCGUGUUCCUACAUUAUUGUCGCCUCUGGUUUUCUGCCUGGCUCAGUCUCUUCUACUUCGUGAAGAUUGCCAAUUUCUCCUACCGCCUCUUCCUCAAGCUGAAGAGGAGAAGCACAGGAUUGAUGCCCUGGCUUCUGUGGCUCUCUGUGUUCGUUGCCUUGGGUUGCAGUAUGUUCUUUUCCCAUGGCGUCUACAGUGUUUACGUCAAUGAUUCUUCUCCUAUCUGCUCCUCCAACUCCACUAAGAAAAAAUACUUCGCUGAGACCAACAUGGUCAACCUGCUUCUCCUCAGUAACCUGGGGAUCUUCAUGCCCCUCGUCAUGUUCAUCCUGCUGAUCACCUCUCUCAGGAGAGACACCCUCCGCAUGACCUGGCCCAGGGACCCCAGCAUGGAGGCUCACACGGGGGCCUUUCUCGUCCUCUACAUUUUCAAUGCAGUUGUUCUGUGUCUCUAUUUGUCCAAUAUCUUUGACGAGAACAGUUCCUGGGAUAUUUUGUGCGAAGUCAUCAUGGCCGCCUACCCAGCUGGCCACUCCGUGCUACUUAUUCAGGAUAACUCGGGGUUGAGAAGAACCUAGAAGUGGCUUCAGUCUCAAGCUCAUCUUUCCCUGAAAGAGUAA